AUGACUAUCUCUGGGGUGGACUCCCACGAGAUCAACGUGUACACUGAUGGAUCGGUGAAGAACGGUGCGUAUGGUGGGUGUGCCUGGGCGAUCGAAGAUCACUCCGUGAAGCCGCUGAAGCGGCCCCAAAGUCGUGGCUGGUUCGGUCGAUGCAUUGCUCUCGGUAGGGAGGGCGAUGUCCCUACCACCGAGUUGCAAGGCAUCCGACACGCGCUGGAGUACCUUGUAGAGCGGCAGGAAGCUGGUCGCGGCCUGGGAACCGUGAUCACCAUCCACACCGACUGCUUGGACGCUCUCAACAUGUUGAUCCACCUGAUUGAUACAGGUGGAGUCGACCCUCUCCGGGAGGAUGUCCUUCGGGUCAUCAUGGCACUCCUAGAGAAGUUGAAGGCCUACGGCAUUGGCUGCUACUUCGGCUGGGUGAGGCGGUGUACGACGCCUGGGAAUGUUCAAGCCGACGACUGGGCGUAUGCUGGCUCUUCUCUUGCGCAGGAGGGCAAGAAGGGCAUCAUGCUUCGCCAUGGUCUCGGCUGGGACAAAGGCGUUUGA